AGUCGGGACUCGGGAGCAAUCUUGGCACAAGACCAAUGGCCUUCUUAAACAGAUCGGGACUACUGAGAGAUCAAAACGGUGCGUUUUCGGUUUGGUUCAACUGUUCCACGAGUAAAAGCCCUAACAGUACCUUCGUUUGGCUAUCGGGAAAAGAAAAGAAAAUUCGGAUUCUUAUACCUGGUUUGGGAUUUACAGGCAGUUAUAAAAUUCGGUCUCUCUUUUCUUUGCUCCCGAUUUCUCAGCGCCAAUAUUCCGAGUUCAUGUUUCAUUUAUCUUUGCUUUCUCAGCGAGCAAACGAAAAUCAAUACAGAAAGCACAACUUUCCGAUCGCUGGAAACUUUAGGGAAAGAACAGGAACGCCUCUCUCGCUCUCUUGAAUGUUCCACUUCUCCAAAUAGAAUAAGUCUCCAUACUCUACACACGCAUUUUCGUUUUCUAUAGCUUUAUCUUACUGGUGAAUCAAUUGCGGUAAAGCAAAAUUAUUGAAUUGAAUUAGUUUAAUUGUGUCCGUUUAUUAUAUCUGCAGUUUGAAUUAUGGAAUUAAUUUUAGUAAAUGCAUUAUAUUAAUGUUCAAUUAAUUAGUUGUGGUUUUGAUUAAUAAUAGAUUAAGCUAAUUUGCAUUGGCAAGAAACAGGUGUUUGUGUGUGGAUUUGGAUAUGAAUGGAUCAUUAGGUUAACAAACAAGCUCGCUUUGUAGUUUGACUAAGUUAGGUCACUCUUGAUUUAAAUCUGUCUUUGUACUUAUUGACGGUUUUCUAAUUGUUUGCCAAGUUUUUCUUCUUUUCCUUCAUUUGGGAACGACAUUUGGUAUUCAGCGAUAAUUUUACAUAUUAGCUCUUUGCUCUAUAUCUGCAAGUGAUUGUAUUACUGUCAGAACUCAGUAAAAUAUCUCUCAAUGGCUAGAACCAAAAAUAUGCUACUACAAGGGAAGUAUUCAUGGUAAAAAAAAAUAUAUUGCAAAACAAGAUUUUUUGGCAUGUCUUGGAACUUCAUUAUCAUACCAUGGUUGAGAACUUCAUAACUACUCUUUUAAUUCAUGGCAGUUGCAGUUUUCACGAUGAAGGGUAUGUGUGUAAAAGUGUACACAUUUCAAAUUGCUCAUUGAUAAGUUUGAGCUUCUUAUGAAUGUCCUGUUUAUGUACUGUUUAGUGAUUAGUCUUAAUGGUCAUUUAUAGUUGAUUAGCUACAUAGAGAAAAGCACAAAAAAAUAAAAAAGAGACAGCAUUGCUUUGGAUGGAAUAACAUGUCUUCCUAUUGAUCUUGUCUCACUCAAGUGGAAACUUUCUAAUUUCAAAUUGCAUCACUGUAAUGUUAUUCAAAGAUUGUCUUUAACAUUCAAGAAGCUUUCCUACACAUGCUAUUAAAUAGAAAAAGAAUAUUCUGUUUGUAUUUUGAUUUUGAUUUUUUGUAUUAAUAAAUAUUACGUGAUCUAGAUUGGUGUUUAUCUGAUAUGGCCCUAACUUGAUUUAGUUUUUCAAUCAGUACUUAGUUAAUUGUAGUGGGAAUUCACAUAGAAACUUUUUUGGAAACUGAUGUGUAUUAGUUUCUUUUGUGACAUGUGUCUUACGGUUAAUGUUGAUGAAAACUUUUUUGUGACAUGUGUCUUAUGGUUAAUGUGUAUUAGUUUCUUUUGUGAAUUUUUUUUUUCUCCUUUCCUAUUCUCAACCAAUUUUCAUAUUUUUGCCUUAUGCACGUGCACACCACACAACUUAUGUUAUCUUAAUUGUUUUCUUUAUAUAGAAUUGCGUGGGUGCUUCUAUGAAUAUUUAUGGAAUUGCUUGGAUGUUUAAUUUAGUGUUGUGAAGAGAAUGCAAUGGAGGGAUUUUUGAGGAUAUUGAGUGCAUUGAUUUGGACAUGAAAAAAAGUUUUAUAAGGUCUGUUAAUUUUUAUAAUCUAGGGAUACCUUAAUGAUGGAAAAUAUUUCUUUCUUGGGCUAAAUUGACUUCUUAGGGAACGUGUAAGAUAAGGAUACAUGCAUAAGCUGUCUUUUACUUUUCUUUUUCCAGUGGCUCUCUUUGUAUACUUCAUGUGUAAUAAGGUCGUGUCUCUUCUUUUAUUUUGUACACAAAAAAAUGGAGAGGAAGAAAUAUUUAUUUCUUGGGCUAAUUGACUUCUUAGGGAACCUGUAAGAUAAGGAUACAUGCAUAUGCUUUCUUUUAUUUUUCUUUUUUCAGUGGCUCUCUUUGUAUACUUCAUGUGUAAUGAGGUCGUGUCUCUUCUUUUAUUUUGUACACAAAAAAAUGGAGAGGAAGAAUUCAAUCAUAAGAAAAGAUUCUAUACUGCUAUGUUGCAGUAUCUAAGGUGAGUUUGAUUACUAUUGUUGGAUUGUCAAGCUACUUGAUGGUCCCAUGCAGCGGGAGGUUGCAUUCAGUAUUCACUAUGAUUGUAGUGCAUUUGCUUACAUGAAUAUUUGUUAAUUUAAUUCUCAAGGCUGAUGCAAAGAAGGAAAGAGAAGACCCAGAAAAGAUUUACCAUAUACAAUAAUGCAUAGCGUUUUUGAAUGUUGAGCAUGGGAGCACUGUUGGCUUCAUUUUUCUAGAAUGAAAGAAAUUCUAAUGCCCCAUAUACAAUAGGGUAAAGAUGUAAAGUUGUAAAAGAUUGAAAAGACUGUUGAAGUUAGAAAAUGGAGAGGAAAAAAUUAUUUAUCAUUGAUUCUAAGGCAUUGCUACAAGGCUAUAUAUUGAACAAAAAUUCUAAAUCUAGAAUCUAAAGAGGGCGACAAAGAAUUUAAACAAGGAAACAAAUUAAUUCUAGCAAAAUUUUAGUAUCUACAUAAUAUUGUACAACUAUACAAUACUUAACCAUGGAAACUAUAUUACAUGGUCAAUGAUCCAACUUUAAUUCUUCUAAUACUCCACCUCAAGAAAGAUGUUGUGCGUUCCUAGUUUAUUAGUCAUUUGUUGAAAUGCCAAACUUUGAAGCCCUUUGGUGAGAACAUCAACUAGUUGAUUAGUAGAACAUGUCUAUGGUGUGCGCACAUAACCACUUCUUUGAUGAUAGAAGGAACUUCUUGAGAGGAUAUUUGAAUGACAAAGGCUUGAAAAAAAAUGUUGAAAAGAAACAAAUUGAGAGACAAGGUGAUGAGUGCAGGGUUUAACUCUUUUUUGGAUGACAGUAGGUAAAUUCUCCAUUAGGGAUACUAACACGUCCCAAGACGCUUUGGGUGGUUUUCAUCCUUGACAUGCUCUAGGAACUUGCCUUCAAUGGUCACCUUGAGCACGUACAUUACCUUUGUAUGUUUUAAUUCUCCAUUUUCUGAGGGCUUGAACAUUUCAUGGACUUAGUGGUAUGCUGCUGCUUCCACCAACUACUUCCCAUAAAUCACGACCUUUAAAUAGGAUUUAAUUAUGGUUUCCCAAUUUUUAUAAUUGUGUUUGCUCAAUUGAUGAGCCCACUCAUGCUAAAAUCUACCAUUGUGAUCUUUACUAACAAGCUUGGUCCAGAUGUAAUCAAUUCUACCAUCCUAGUUGGUAGUCCAUCAUGAUCUUUGUAGCGUCUUGAUCUCUUGGUCCUUUACCACACAAUUUCUCAAAUAGUGGUCCUUAACCAUGCAAGACCUUGAACAAUUGGCUUGUAAUCUCCUUCUCUAAUACCAAAUUGUAGAUAGAUACCUGUGACCUCUAAGAAAUAAUUAUGAAGAAAUGGUAAAAAUGUUAUUACCAAAUAUUGGAGAAAUAAUUGUACCAAGAAACUACUGCACACAAUAUUACAUGUAGAAUGUCACCAAAUAUUCAACCCAAAGCCAUGCAUUGAAGCAAUAAGAGGCCCAUGUCUUCUUAAAUAUCAGAUCAUAGUAAAAAGGCCCACAAGCAAACAAUUAAAUAAAAACACUAAAUAGGCCUAAAACACCAAUUAAAUAAUCCCGUUGAACUCUAAUUCUACAUAAUCAAGUAGCCUAACCUAAUUACCCUUUACCAAAUAUUGCUUAAUCCCUAAGCAUUCUUUUCCUUAUUUUACCCAAACCCUCUCUUUCUACCAAAACUCCCGCAAUUGAAAGAGAUAAAGAGAGAAUAGGAACAAGGUUCUCUUUCUUUAAAGCUCUAAGGGUGAUUCUCUGAUCAUGGUAAUGAAAGGUAACAAUUGUGAUUGGCAAGGAGCGGCGGAAAAAACAAUGACGAAGAGGGCGACAACUAUGACAAUGGUGGUGAUGGAUUUCGAUUCGUGGUUGUGAUAGCAACAGUGGUGGUUGUGCGGUGGCCAACUUCAGCAAUUGCGGUUCCCUCAUCUAGAAUAGUGUUGAUCUCUUACCCUCAAACAAAUAGCCCCCCACCCACUCUUACCCUCUCUUGUAUGAAGCAUUUUAGGCCGAUCUAAAGCUUUUGAAACAAUUUCAAAAAUGAGAAAUCCCUCAUCCUUCGAUCUCUUGUUUGAAACAAUUUAAGGUUAAAAAUUUUUUCACACUAAAAACUAAGAUUUGUUUCCUCUUUUAAGCUAUUUUGGGUUGUCUCAUAUAUUCUCACUCAAGAAGAGAAAAUAGAUAGUGUGAUUAAGCACCAUUUCUAGUAAAUGGACGGUGAAGAUUGGCCAGAUCCACUUCCUAAAGGAUGGACCUUGAAGAAAUAUUCUAACGGCAAGGUUUGGGCACAUAAUACGAGGACUGGACAGACAUUUCAUACAAAAAAAGAUCUCCUUCGUUAUGUGCGUUAUGCUGAAAAUGUGCUUCCUCUUUUUGCUAACAACAAUCUCCCAUAUGAAGAUUCUCAAGCUGUAGCAGAUUCCAAAGGCAAAACUGUUGAUGAUAACGCAGGCGAAUCUGCAAAAGCUUUUGAUGAUAAAGAAGGAAAUUCAGAGCAACCUUCUGACAAUGAAGAUGCCAAUUUGGGGAAAGGUGAUGAUGAUGAUGAUGAUGACGAUGAGGAUGACGAUGAUGACAGUUUGUAUGGAGGUUUAGACUUCAGCAAAGGCAUUUGGGGCAUAGAUGAUGUUGAGAUAAUCGAACGCACCUCAUCCCAUGCUUCAGUUAUUGUAACCGAUGUCUCAAAUGCCCACCAUAAUCAACUGCCAGAGAGAAACAUGAAGGUCCAGGCUGACCAACAGCCAGAGACGAAGAUGAAGACGAAGACGGUAACCGAACACUGGAGAAACAAGAGAGCUGGGCCUCCGAAGAAAUUUAAAAUGCCUCCUAAGCGUUUUCGUGGAUCGGGCUCGCGUAAGAACCGUCAUCAGAAGCCUUAGAAAGUUUCCUUCCGGCACAAAGGAGUGUUCUUAUGUUUGCUCUUCCUGUGAAAACUCCAAAAUGCAUGUCUAGCUGUGCUGUUUUAUUUAUGAUAUUGCUUUUCUAAUUAGGCUACUUUUCCUUUUAUGAAAAAGAAAAGAAAAAAAAAUAGUCAAGAGAAGGUUUUUAUUCA